AUGUCCCAAGGCCCGUACUACAUUGGCAUCGACGUCGGCACCGGCUCAGUCCGUGCGGGGCUCGUCAAGCUCGACGGCACCCUCGUCGCCUCCCGCACGGAGGAGACGAUCACCUGGCGCGAUCCAGAGGAUCACCGUAUCUUCGAGCAAUCGACCACCAACAUCUGGGCGGGCAUGUGCAAGUGCAUCAAGGCCUGCCUGGAGGAGGCCAAGGUCUCCCCAUCGGAGGUGAAGGGCCUGGGCUUCGACGCGACCUGCUCUCUCGCGGUCUCGGACAUGAACGGCGAUCCCGUCAUCGUCACCAAAGGCGCAGACCUCGGACAGAGCGGCGAGCGUAACAUCAUCUUAUGGGCGGACCAUCGUGCGGAAAAGGAGGCCGAGCUCAUUAACAGCACCGGCUCGGUCGUCCUCGACUAUGUCGGCGGUACGAUGAGCCUCGAGAUGGAGAUCCCCAAAACUCUCUGGCUGAAGCGCCAUAUGAAGCCGGAGCUCUUCAAGCGCUGCCAGUUCUUCGACCUCCCCGAUUUCCUCACCUACCGCGCGACUGACACCAGUAACCGCUCGUGCUGCUCCAUCGCGUGCAAGUGCUCGUACGUCCCGACCAAGGACGGCUGGCAGCCUGAGUUCUUCGAGAAGAUCGGGCUCGGCGAAUUCGUCGAGAACGGGUUCAACCAACUCGGGCACGAGGAGGUCCUCACCGCCGGCAUGCCCAUCGGCAAGGGCCUCAGCAGGCGCGCCGCGGAGGAAAUGGGGCUCGUCGAGGGCACGCCUGUCGGCAGUGGAGUCAUUGACGCCUACGCCGGCUGGCUGGGCACCGUCGCCGCGCGGUACAAGUCGAGGCACAGGCUCGCGGCCGUCGCAGGUACGAGCACAUGUCACAUCGUGCAGAGUCCUGAGGGCGUCUUCGAUGUCGUGUUCCCUGGGUGGUGGAUGAACGAGGGUGGACAGUCGUCCACCGGACAGCUAAUAGACUUCAUGAUUACCACGCACGCUGCAUACCCUAGACUCAAGGAGGUAGCAGCGGAACGUAAGACGAACAUUCACGAUGUUCUUCACGACGAGCUCGAGCGGUUGCGUUCGGAAGUCGAGGCAGAGAACCUGACGGAGCUCACCAAAGACCUUCAUUUCUACCCUGACCUGCACGACCCACGCAUGACCGGGUCCAUCGUCGGCAUGAAACUCGACUCCACGCUCUCCGACCUCGCCCGCAAGUUCAACGUGACGCUCGAGGCGAUCGCGCUCCAGACGCGGCACAUUGUCGACCAGAUGAACGCCAAGGGCCACGAGGUCCGCUCGAUCUACAUGUCCGGCGGGCAGGCCAAGAACGCGAUGCUCAUGCAGCUCUUCGCCAACACGUGCGCCAUCCCCGUCGUGCUCCCCGAGAACUCGGGCGCCGCCGUCGUCCUCGGCGCCGCGAUGCUCGGCCGCUUCGCCGCGGAGGCGGCGGGCCACACCGAGCUCCUCGCGCGCGAGAAGCGCGGCCAGGCGCUGUGGGAGAUCAUGGUCGAGAUGACGCCGGCGGGGACGAUGGUCGAACCCGCGGCGAGCCCGAAGGAGAAGAAGCUGCUGCAGGCGAAGUACAAGAUUUUCCUCGAGGCGAUCGAGCUCCAGCGUCGGUGGCGGAAGGAGAUGGAAGAGGCGAACAACUAG